AUGUUUGAAGCAACUUUUUCUAAAGCAUCUUUGUUUAAGCAUGUCAUCGAAGCAACAAGAGAGCUUGUUACUGAUGUUAAUAUUGAGUUUACAGAAUCUGGCAUUAAUUUUUCAAGCAUGGAUUUAUCAGACAUUGCACUAAUUUCUGUUCAUCUUAAUAAAGAAA